AUGGGUGACGAUGAUACAAUGUUUGUGGUUGAGAAUUUGGUUAGGGUUUUGGCGAAAUAUGAUCAUAACCAAUUUUACUAUAUUGGAAGUUCGUCGGAGACUCACCGGCAAAACAUGGAAUUUUCGUAUAAUAUGGCUUAUGGUGGUGGUGGGUUUGCAAUUAGUUACCCAUUAGCCAAAGCCCUUGAGAAGAUGCAAGAUCAAUGUAUACAGAGGUACCCAAGAUUGUACGGUUCCGAUGAUAGGAUUCAAGCUUGCAUGGCUGAACUUGGGGUUCCUCUCACCAAAGAGAUUGGAUUUCACCAGUUGGACCUCUUUGGCAAUGUCUUUGGCCUUCUCGCAACGCACCCCACCGCACCCCUAGUCUCACUCCACCACCUAGACGUGAUCGAGCCAAUCUUCCCAAAUGUAAACCAGGUCCAAGCCCUCCAACGCCUCAAGGUGCCCAUGCAGCUAGACUCAGCUGCACUCAUGCAACAAUCAAUCUGCUACGACAAGUCCAACAACUGGACCAUCUCAGUCUCAUGGGGCUAUGCAGUUCAGAUUUUCCGGGGAAUUUUAUCGGCCAGGGAAAUGGAACGGCCGGCAAGAACCUUUCUGAACUGGUAUAGGAGGAGGGAUGCCACUGGAUUUGCAUUCAACACUAGGCCAUUUAGCAGAAAUGGUUGUCAAAGGCCUUUUAUUUAUGUGCUGUCCAAUGCUUUGUUUAAUCCUUGGACUAAUCAGACAGCUAGUGAGUAUGUUUUGCAGAGGAAUUUAAGUGAUAAGUGUAAGUGGAAGAUGGCAGAUCCUUCUCAGAUUCAUAGAGUCCAGGUUUACAAGAAGCCUGACCCCAAUCUGUGGGACAAGUCUCCCAGAAGAAAUUGUUGCAGAGUCUUGCCCUCAAAUAGAAAUGGCACCAUUGCAGUAGAUGUAGGUGAAUGCAAAGAAGGUGAAAUUGUUGAAUAG